AUGUCUAGUACAGGAGUCAAAACUAUGAAAGAUUUCAUGUUGAAUAAAUCCAACAUUAGAAAUAUGUGUGUCAUUGCUCACGUCGAUCACGGUAAGUCAACAUUAACAGAUUCACUUGUUACACUUGCAGGUAUUAUUUCUAAUGAAAAAGCUGGAGUAGCUAGAUAUACUGAUACUAGACCCGAUGAACAAGAAAGAUGUAUUACUAUUAAAUCAACCUCAAUUUCUAUGUAUUAUGAAAUUGAAGAUAAAGAAGAUAUCCCAGCUGAUGCUAAUGGAAAUGGAUUCCUUAUUAAUCUUAUUGAUUCACCAGGCCACGUCGAUUUCUCAUCAGAAGUCACAGCAGCACUUCGUGUUACUGAUGGAGCUUUAGUUGUUGUUGAUUGUGUUGAAGGAGUUUGUGUCCAAACCGAAACUGUCCUUAGACAAGCCUUAACAGAAAGAGUUAAACCAAUUGUUAUUAUUAACAAAGUUGAUAGAGUUAUUCUUGAAUUAAAAGAAGAACCAGAAGAAGCAUAUCAAUCAUUCUGUAGAUCAAUUGAAAACGUUAAUGUCCUUAUUUCAACCUACAAAGAUGAACUUCUUGGAGAUGUUCAAGUUUCACCAGGAGAAGGAACAGUUGCAUUUGGAUCAGGACUUCAUGGAUGGGCAUUUACACUUGAAAAGUUUGCUAAGAUGUGGUCAGCCAAAUUUGGAAUUGAUAGAAAGAGAAUGUUAGAAAAACUUUGGGGUGACAAUUAUUGGGAUGCUAAAGCUAAGAAAUGGAAGAAGAAUGGAAAAGGAGAUCAUGGAGAAGUUCUUCAAAGAGGAUUUGUCCAAUUCUGUUUUGACCCAAUUACUAAAUUAUUCAAUGCUAUUAUGGAAGGAAGAAAAGCUGAUUAUGAAAAGAUGUUAACUAACUUACAAAUCAAAUUAUCAGCUGAUGAUAAAGAAAAAGAAGGAAAAGAACUUCUUAAGACAGUUAUGAAAUUAUGGUUACCAGCUGGUGUUACAUUACUUGAAAUGAUUGUUCUCCAUCUUCCAUCACCAGUUGUUGCACAAAAAUACAGAACAUCAAAUCUUUACACAGGACCUAUGGAUGAUGAAGCAGCUAAAGCUAUGGCUAAUUGUGAUGAAAAAGGACCAUUAAUGAUGUAUGUUUCUAAAAUGAUUCCAACCAAUGAUAAAGGAAGAUUCUAUGCCUUUGGAAGAGUUUUCUCAGGAACAAUUAGAACAGGAGGAAAAGCUAGAAUUUGUGGACCAAAUUAUGUUCCAGGUAAAAAAGAUGAUUGUGUUAUUAAGAACAUUCAAAGAACUAUGUUAAUGAUGGGUAGAUAUACUGAUCCAAUUGAUGAAUGUCCAUGUGGUAAUGUCAUUGGACUUGUUGGAGUAGAUCAAUAUUUGUUGAAAUCAGGAACUAUUACUGAUUCUGAUACAGCACAUAUUAUUAAGGAUAUGAAAUUCUCAGUCUCACCAGUCGUCAGAGUCGCUGUUGAAACCAAGAAUCCAUCAGAUCUUCCAAAACUUGUUGAAGGUAUGAAGAGAUUAUCAAGAUCCGAUCCACUUUGUUUAUGUUAUACCGAAGAAUCAGGAGAACACAUUGUUGCUGGAGCUGGAGAACUUCAUCUUGAAGUUUGUCUUAAGGAUCUUCAAGAAGAUUAUUGUUCAGGAGUUCCAUUGAUUGUUACUGAACCAGUUGUCUCAUUCAGAGAAACUAUUACAGAACCAUCAAGAAUUCAAUGCCUUUCUAAAUCAGCUAACAAUCAAAACAGAUUGUUCAUGAGAGCCUUCCCAUUUGCUGAAGGACUUGCUGAAGAUAUUGAAGCCGGAGAAAUUAAACCAGAUACAGACUUUAAAGAAAGAGCUAAAUUCCUUUCAGAGAAAUAUGGAUGGGAUGUUGAUGAAGCAAGAAAGAUUUGGUGUUUCGGACCAGAUAACUGUGGACCAAAUUUGUUUGUUGAUGUUACAAAAGGUAUUCAAUAUUUGAAUGAAGUUAAAGAUUCCAUUGUUAAUGGAUUUAACAAUGCUAUGCAUGAUGGAGUAGUUUGUAACGAACAAAUUAGAGGAGUUAGAAUUAACUUAGAAGAUGUUAAAUUACAUGCUGAUGCUAUCCACAGAGGAGGAGCUCAAAUGAUUCCAUUAGUUUGUAACGAACAAAUUAGAGGAGUUAGAAUUAACUUAGAAGAUGUUAAAUUACAUGCUGAUGCUAUCCACAGAGGAGGAGCUCAAAUGAUUCCAUGUGCUAGAAGAUGCUGUUUCGCAUGUGUCUUAACAGGAGCCCCAUCACUUCUUGAACCAAUGUAUCUUGCCGAAAUUCAAUGCCCAGAAUCAGCCAUUGGAGGAAUUUACACUGUCAUGUCAAGAAGAAGAGGAAAGAUUAUUUCAGAAGAACAAAGACCAGGUACUCCAUUAUUCAAUGUUAGAGCUUAUCUUCCAGUCUGUGAAUCAUUUGGAUUUACUGCCGAUUUGAGAUCACAUACAUCAGGACAAGCCUUCCCACAAUGUGUCUUUGAUCACUGGCAAUUACUCAAUGGUGAUGUUACUGAUGCAACAUCAAAGGUAGGAUCAAUUGUUGCAGCUAUUAGAAAGAGAAAAGGACUUCCAGAAGGUGUUCCAGGUUUAGAUAAAUUCUAUGAUAAGCUUUAA